GUGAAUGCAGUUAAACCAGAAGGCCAGCACUCAGUGAGAAUGAAAAAGCUGUUGAACUGAGCAUGGUCAGGUCAUUCCGAGUCUUCCCCAUUAAUACUUAUGUGAAAGCUUUUGCUUGGUUAUGAACACCGCAAGUGCUGGGAGACAGAACAAUAGCCAAGUCCUCCAAGGUUUAGCAAACACUAAGGCAAAAAGUUUAAGGUUUGGAAAAGUCUAUUAACUUCUGCUUGCCAAUUAAUAAAACCGUGAUGAUUUUGUUUUAGCGGCACAAUAUCUUGUUCUGGUUGCUAACCACCAGUUUUUAUAGGCAGAUAAUUUCACAACCACUAAUGCGAUGAGUCAGGAGAUCUGGGUUCAGCUCCCAGCCUGGCCACUUGCUGUGCUCUUGGGAAAACCACUGGACCUUGCCAAGCCAAUGGUUCCCACAUUUCUAAAAUAACAGCAACAAUAAUAAUGAGAAUGGGAAUCAUUAUGGAGCUUUGGUUUAGUGUGUUUCAGGCAUGGUUCUAAAGUCUUUCCCACUCACUUACUUUUCAUCACAUCCCUAGGAAGUAAGCACUGAAAUGAUCUCUUUACAGAGGGGGAAAUCAAGGCAGAGACGAAGUAACGUGCCCCACAAGCACCCAGCUGAUACUCGGUGACUCCAGAUUCAAACCCAAGCAUUCUGACUCUGAGGAAUAGAGACCCUACCCACUGAUAGCACUUGGGAGUGAGCAGGCAUGGGGGCCAGAACCGGGCGCUACGACCGGCAGCAGGCGCAGAAGUCAGCCGUCCAGGGGCCCAGACCAUCCAGCCCCACCCAGAAGGGCCCUUCUCCAAGACCUCCGCUGCCUCCAGCUCCGGCCUCGGCGGCGCCCGCCGGGGAAAGGACGCUAGGCUGGGUGGCCCUGGGGUCCCGGGCCUGUCCGGGAGCGCAGGGCGUGUGCUCACGAGCGGAGCCGCUGCACAGAAGGCCGGAGCCCGCGGGGAGGCUGGCAGCGCUGCGCGGGGCCCACGGGGUCGCUCUCAGCUGGGGCUCCGUGUCUCUGAAGGAGGGCGGCUCAGCCUGGGGACCGGAUCGCUCUCCGUCCAGACCCACGGCUCGGGGAAAACCCGGCCCCCAGGGCCUGGCGCGGGCCUAAGGACCGAAGCUACGGAAGAGACUUGCCCCUACGGUCAUUACAGGUAACGGGGGGCCAGGGCCGCCUGGGUGGGGGAGGCCGGAAGCCACCGACUCCCGUUUUCAGCUCAGGUCAUGACCUCAUGGUGGGGAGAUAGAGCCCCGCCUCGGGCUCCACACUCAUCGGGGAGUCUGCUUAAG